AUGUUUUACUAUAAAGUUCGGCCACGUAGGAAGAGCACAUAUCUUGAGCGAAAACGUCAAUCCAGAAGAGGCAAGAAUUUAUCUGCUGACCUAGACAAUUCCUCCUCAGAUCUAUUAUCAGCGUCUUUUGAUUAUCAAGAUAUGACCUCCUCAAAUGGGUCAAACACUGAAAGAACUUUAACCCCUGACAUUUCAAAUUUUAGCCACUCACACAAAAAGAAAUACUAUGCGCAAUAUGAUUUAAACUUAACCAUGCCUCUCCCUAAUGAAUAUGAGUAUGCUCCAUCCAGUAGCUUAUUAUCUCCAACUGGUGCCUUUACUGAAUCAUCAUCAGAGUAUGAAACUUAUACAAGCAAAGGAAUUUUAAAAAAAAAAUCACCAAGAACUCCUGUGGCGAGUCAUAAAAAAGAUGGGGAAGAAGAAUUCGAGGUUUAUGAAGGGUCUCUGACUCCAAAGCCGUCAAAAUUGAAAUCUGCUUUAAAAUCUCCAAGGACAACAGGAUUUGAAGGGGAAAUUGAAUUAAAAUAUGAAAAGAAAAAGAAAAAAACUAGAUUUGAAAAUGUGAGUACUGAAAAUGAAAAAGGAUUGUUUAUAGAGGGAAUGAAUUUUAAAGCGUUAGCAAUUGGAGCAGCUAUUGCUGCUACUGUGACAGCUUUUAUAUCUUAUAAAAUAUUCAAAAAGUAA